AGCCCCCUGGUCAGACUCGUGUUGUGGCAUGGAUCGCCUAUUGCAAAUACAGGCGCAACAGUCCUGAGGGCCAGCAAGGUAAAUUUUUUAUUUUUUAAUUUUUUUGUAAAAAGGGAAAAACUUGAGUUGGGAUACCAGUAUGUGGCCAUAGGAUGGCUGGCACGACUGUUGCAGCAACCUCCCAGUGGUCGCAACACCCUGGCACAUCCCACUGUCAGUGUCCUGUUGCUGUUUGAAAUGACUGCUGCCUGUUCUGGUUAUUCAAUUUCACUAUGUGCAUUAUUCCGGUGUUUAGUUUAAAAAAGUGCAUUUGUAUUACAGUAGAUAUGUGGGGUUGUGGGGCAUAUAAUAUGUGGCACAUUAGGGAAGCAAUUGUCAAGUAACUCUUUAAGCAAGUAUUCUAAAUAAAUUCUGUUCCACCCUGCUAAGUAAAAUACUUUAAAAAUAUGCUUUGGAGAAAUAGAAGGAAUGACAAAUAAUCUAUUCUUUACCCCUUCCUUUUACACUCACCAUUUAACAAUAUACUUUGCUGGUACAAGUCUUUUCUUUUUGUUGUUUAAUGUUUUGGGAGGAGUUAUGAAAUUUACAAUUGUUCAAUUUAUUAGUGAACUAUGGAGAAACUGGGAUAUUCAAAUGUUUGUUAUGUUAAGCCUUUCCCUCCAAUUAUUCCUAAUAUGGUUUGCUUCCUUGAGAAAAAGAGUGUCCAAGCAGAUCUUAUAUGUGUCCAUUUGGCUAGCUUACUUGUUAGCCGAUUGGGCGGCUGUCUUUGCCAUCGGACUCAUCCACUACAAAGGCUGCACCGACGAGAAAGUUGCAAAGGGUACACUAUUCUCAUUCUGGGCCCCGUUCCUCCUCGUCCACCUAGGCGGGCCCGACACGAUCACCGCCUUAACCAUGGAGGACAACGAGCUAUGGCGCCGUCACCUCCUUCAGUUUAUUGCUCAGACUGUUGCCACCUGUAAUAUAUUGUAUCACAAUCCACCACCAGAUCCUCUGUUGUGGCUACCAGUAGCUCUCAUUUUCAUGUGUGGGUUGGUUAAGUAUGGAGAACGUGUUUGGUCUCUUUACCAUGCGAGUCUUGACAAGUUUCGUCGUUCCAUUCUCAGGGAUCCAGACCCGGGCCCCAAUUACGCUAUGUUCAUGGAACAGUAUGCGUUGAAGGUGGAAGAUGGUUUUCGAACAAGGAUAGAAACUAUUGCAGAGCCUGAGUUGGAGCAGGAUCUCCAUAACUUUGAGGUUAGGCAAAAGGGUAGACUUCAAGGUGUUCAGGUGGUCAAAGAUGCAUACCGUUUCUAUCAGAGGUUCAAAGGUCUAAUUGUUGACUUUGAGUAUAGCUUCCGGGAGCGCAACAAGAGUGUGCAAUAUUUUCUCAGUUUGGAAGAAGAUGAUGCGUUUAGGGUAGUGGAGACAGAGCUCAACUUCCUGUACGAGGCCUUUUACACCAAAGCGAUCAUUUUACAUCGUCGUGCAUCAUAUCUUGUACGAUGUUGCUGCCUCAGUUUUGGCUUAAUUUCAUUUGGAGUCUUCUUCUUCUGGGAGAAGUUUGGUGAUAGAUCAAAAAAGCUGCACAUUGAACAUCGAGAUAUCCAGAUUUCCUACACUCUACUUCUUGGUGCAGUUGCCUUAGACGUCAUCUCGAUUCUGGUACUUGUCUUCUCCAAUUGGUCUGUUGCAUUCCUGGUAAAGGAUUACAAAGAAAAUAAGAGUAGAAGUUUGUUCAACAAUGUCACGGACAAGGUGCUCGCUUUUGGGAUUAGGUGGUUUUCGGCUUUCCCUGAGGCACCUCAAGUUUCACAGUUCAUUUUCCGUCCAUGGUCUAAUUCAAUCUGUCAGUUCAGCCUAUUGGAGUACUAUCUCAACCAACGGGGUUCAAGGACUAAUAAGAUCCUUGAUUCGUUGGGGGUUAAGCUGUUUUGUGAUGAUUUAAGGUAUGUGGAUACAUAUAAGUUCACCCAAAACAUGAAGAAACUCAUCUUCCAGGAGCUGAAAAAGAAAUCAGAACGGGUGAAUGAUCCGGAAAAGGCGAAGCAUCUCUGUCGUGCUCGUGGAAACUGGGUUCUCAAAUCUUAUGUCGGCAAAGGAAAGGUGUUAGAACUCAACAAUUGGAUUUUGGAGGUUGAGUAUGAUGAAAGCUUACUCUUAUGGCACAUUGCUACUGAGGUCUGCUACAACAUGGACAAGCUACGCUACGACGAGGACCGUGUCAUCAGCAAAGUACUUUCAGAUUACAUGGUGUAUUUACUAGUAAUGAAGCCGAUGAUGAUCUCCAACGUGGCAGGGAUCAGUGACCUACGGCUUCGAGACACCGAGGCCGAGGCAUUACGGUACAUUCAAAGCAUCCUCCCAGACGCGAAGGAUGACAGCCAGCUAAAUAGCCUUCCCACACCACUGGACUUGUUGUGCAGAAAAAUGAUGAGUAUGCUGAUAAGGGAUGAUGUUAAACCAGGGGAUGUAAAGGGAACAAGGAGUAAGUCCGUGUUGUUCGAGGCAUGUCGAUUGGCAAAUAAACUAAUGACAUUGCCUAAGGAGGUGAAUAGGUGGGAGGUGAUGAGUAGGGUUUGGGUGGAGUUGCUAUGCUAUGCUGCUUCACAUUGUAGGCCAACUAGCCAUGUUCAGCAGGUGAGUAGAGGAGGAGAGCUUAUUUCUGUGGUUUGGUUUUUGAUGACACAUCUUGGAUUAGGGGAAAAGUUUCACCUUGAAGAUGGGCCCACUAGGACUAAGCUUAUUGUAGAUGAAUGAAUUGUGUAAGAUUCAAGAGAUGAAUGAGAUUAUGAUUAUAUAUUUUUUUUUUCAAGAUAUAA